CGGUCUGAAAACGUAUUAAAAUUCAUCGGAUCAACUGAUGUUUAAGGUCUCCGAAGGUAUUUAAAAUUAUACAUUUUUGAAGAAUAUAGUUUCUGAUGGUGGCUGUGGGCACUUCGCUGCUACUUGUUUGGAAUAUACGCCUACCCGCCGCCGUUUUCGGGUCGUUUUGAUUAUGGAAACGUGUUAUUUGAGUCACGUAGUCCUAGCCCGUCUUUCUCUGGUGGUCCUCUUGGUCGUUCUGAGACCCCUCAAUGCGUGGACCUACACCUCCAGCAGCAACGAUAUGGAUAGGGCACUGGUAACGGGGGUAUACUUUUCUCCCCGGGUUACCAACUCUGAAGAAAUAACUGCCAUAACUGCCUUACCAAAAUACGUGUUUACUACUCCGGCAACUUCUACGGACUUUAGGGAGGUAUCAUCACCAUCAUCUGAAACAGAACUCCACCACAGAGUCAGGCAUUCCGAUGAGAGUGAGACACGGGCGUUGAGUGAAGACACAUUAGCCACUGAACAAAACACACGUCUCUCCUCGGGCUCAACCAGUUGGACAUCAGAAGGAACCCUUGGUUUGUCGACGGAGCAGAGGAGCUCUACCAUUGUAGUGUCUACAGAGGAUACCACACAGUGGGAGGACAAGACCAGAGUAACACCAGACCACCUACCAGAGGCCUACUCUGGGCUCCCAGCACAACUCAGGGCUUUGACUGAAACAAAACGCUCAGUAGAACUUAAGUCAGUGUCUGUUACGGAAGCCAGACCACCUCAGGACAGCCCUGAUGCUGACAGCAGUCUCAGAGGGGACCAGUCCACAAACCGAGGUACUGUGGAUCUCAGAGAGGACCAGUCCACAAACCGAGGUACUGUGGAUCUCAGAGAGGACCAAUCCACAACCCAAGGCACCGUGGGUCUCAGAGAGGACCAGUCCACAAACCAAGGCACUGUGGGCCUCAGAGAGGACCAGUCCACAAACCAAGGCAUUGAGGGCCUCAGAGAGGACCAGUCCACAAACCGAGGUACUGUGGGUCUCAGCGAGAAUCAGUCCACAAACCAAGGCAUUGAGGGCCUCAGAGAGGACCAGUCCACAAACCAAGGCAUUGAGGGCCUCAGAGAGGACCAGUCCACAAACCGAGGUACUGUGGGUCUCAGAGAGGACCAGUCCACAAACCAAGGCAUUGAGGGCCUCAGAGAGGACCAGUCCACAAACCGAGGUACUGUGGGUCUCAGAGAGGACCAGUACACAAACCAAGGCAUUGAGGGCCUCAGAGAGGACCAGUCCACAAACCAAGGCAUUGAGGGCCUCAGAGGGGACCAGUCCACAAACCAAGGCAUUGAGGGCCUCAGAGGGGACCAGUCCACAAACCGAGGUACUGUGGGUCUCAGAGAGGACCAGUCCACAAACCGAGGUACUGUGGGUCUCAGAGAGGACCAGUCCAAUAUCCGAGGCACCAUGGGUCUCAGCGAGGACCAGUCCACAAACCAAGGCACUGAGGGCAUCAGAGAGGACCAGUCCACAAACCGAGGUACUGUGGGUCUCAGAGGGGACCAGUCCACAAACCGAGGUACUGUGGGUCUCAGAGAGAACCAGUCCACAAACCGAGGUACUGUGGGUCUCAGAGGGGACCAGUACACAAACCGAGGUACUGUGGAUCUCAGAGAGGACCAAUCCACAACCCAAGGCACCGUGGGUCUCAGAGAGGACCAGUCCACAAACCAAGGCACUGUGGGCCUCAGAGAGGACCAGUCCACAAACCGAGGUACUGUGGAUCUCAGAGAGGACCAAUCCACAACCCAAGGCACCGUGGGUCUCAGAGAGGACCAGUCCACAAACCAAGGCACCGUGGGUCUCGGAGAGGACCAGUCCACAACCCGAGGCACCAUGGGUCUCAGAGAGAACCAGUCCACAAACCAAGGCACCGUGAGUCUCAGCGAGGACCAGUCCACAAACCAAGGCACUGUGGGCCUCAGAGAGGACCAGUCCACAAACCGAGGUACUGUGGAUCUCAGAGAGGACCAAUCCACAACCCAAGGCACCGUGGGUCUCGGAGAGGACCAGUCCACAAACCAAGGCACUGUGGGCCUCAGAGAGGACCAGUCCACAAACCAAGGCACCGUGGGUCUCGGAGAGGACCAGUCCACAAACCAAGGCACCAUGGGUCUCAACGAGGACCAGUCCACAAUCCGAGGCACCAUGGGUCUCAGAGAGGACCAGUCCACAAACCAAGGCACCGUGAGUCUCGGCCAAGGACAGUCAACAGAUACUCUCAGGCAGGACCAGUGGACUGACCUAGGAACCAUGGCUCUCCCCAUCCCUGUCCACACCGACCGCACCUACAUCUCCUCCACUAUGAGUCGAGCGGGAGAGAGGACCUUACUGUCUGUGAGCUCCAACAGCACCUCCAUGUACCCUGAGGACUCCACCUGGGGCCUCCCGACGGGCCGCACCGGUGCCAGGGCUGGGGAUGUCACCGACAGGAUACCCUCCACCGGACCUGACCAUGGGCAUGACGCUACGUCUGGGUCUGACUCUCUCCCCCACUCCAACACCAACUCUUCACAAGAGUGGCCUGGUGGUUCUUCCUCCAGAGGGACCAACCCGCUGACUGGACCCCCCAAUGUGACCCAACAGCAGGACCUCACCUCUCUGGUUUCGGAGGGAACCCCCUACUCCACCCCCCCUCUCAGCGUGGCUGAUAACCACAGCAGACGGGACACAGACACAACAGACUCCAGUCAGCCCUCCAGAAGCAGGACGUCCCAAACAGAAGAUGGGGUCCCUGAUUCUUCCCAGCCCCCCAUUCUGUUUUCAGAAGGACCCAGCCAUCCCAGCACCAACACCUCUCAGGGAGGAGAUAGAGAUACUCCCUCCAUCAUGGUCACCGGGUCUGGCACUUCCACGGAGUCCUCCACAGGUGCCCUCAGCACCCAGGGGGGCCAGGGUGAGACAGAAGGAGUCACAUCACUCCACACAGAGGACACACCUACCAUCGUAGGUCUGGCUCUAACUACUGCUCACCCGACGCUACGAGAAAGUGCCACCGCCCUGGACGACUUCCUGUCCCGGUUCAUCUCAAGCCAGCCUCCCUUUGUCCCCAAGACAGAGCAGCCAUCGCCGGCGGUGACCACAGAGGUCCUGAUGUCCACCACAUCCGUUACCGUUACGAUGACGUCACAGGUCACUGAGGAGGAGACCUACAGAUUUACUACGGCAACCAGCACCACACUGACACCCCCUCUGGCCACGACAAGGAUGGUUCAGCUUAGCACCACCACCUCCGUCGAAGCCCAGACUCAACCCACCACCAUCCCUACCACCAUUACCACUGAGACCACUCUGGGUCUCCAGACCUCGGCUUCAACCCCCCAGCUCCCAGCUACCCUUCAGACCCAGACCCAGGAGCCCUCAACAGGGGUGAGCUUCACCGACGUCACCAGCUCCACCGAUGUAACCACCUUGCACCUGGAGACCAGCACGGCCACACCGGGGAACACCACGCCCCACAGCGGCCAGGCCAUCACCACCACCACUACUACAGCCUCCUCUUCCUACAGCCACAGCACCACCACCAGGAGCACAGUGGAACUGCACACUACAGGGAAACACACUGACAGGGGGACCACUGAGGUAGAAGUGACCACAGCUCCAAUGGACAUCAGAUCUACACCUCAGACACCAGGUAGUGCCUGUGAGCCCAACCCCUGUCUGAACGGAGGUGGGUGUGGACAGACCGAUGGAGGGGGGGAAUUCACCUGUUACUGUCUGUCAGCAUGGACAGGACCUACCUGCAAUGAGGAUGUGGAUGAGUGUGAGAGUGGCCCCGGCCCCUCAGGCCCGUGUCCCAGUGACUCUGCGUGUGUUAACACCAGGGGCUCCUUCAGCUGCGAGUGUCCCCUGGGCCUUGACAUUGAGAACGGACGAGACUGCACGCGAGCAAAAACUUUCUUAGGGACGUUCAGUGUCAACAACUCUUACUAUGACCCACUGCUCUCCAGGAGCGCCACACUGCAUGAGAUCCAGAGAGAGAUCAACCAGCUGCUCAAUGCCUCAUUAUCAAUUCUGCGUGGUUACCGGCGCUCUACUUUGAGUAAAAAAGGGGAAGACGGAGUUCAUAUCUCUGCUGUCAACAUGUUCUCCCUCUCUGCUGACGUGACCAGCUCUGAGAUCUACGACAGCAUACAGAUGUCUCUGAACAACUGUAACAGCACUGCUGGACACUGCAGAGUGGUGGUCACUCACCAGCUCUCCUAUCAAGUUGAGAGUCUGUGUCUGGCUCAGAACACCCAGUGUCACCUAGAGCGUUCCUUCUGUGCCGACUCCAAUGGGACAGCCUACUGCCAGUGUCAACCAGGGUACUUCAAACUCAACCCUGAGGACCAGUCCUGCCUAGAAUGCGGUGAUGGUCUGAAACGGAUCAAUGGAACCUGUGUCAGGUGCACAUUUGGAUUUGGAGGAUUCAACUGUGGAAAUUUCUACAAGCUGAUAGCUGUGGUGGUAUCGCCAGUAGGGGGUGCCCUACUCCUUGUUCUCAUCAUCGCUCUCAUUGUCACUUGCUGCAAGAAAGACAAGAAUGACAUCAACAAGAUAAUUUUCAAAAGUGGCGAUUUUCAAAUGUCGCCUUACGCAGAGUUCCCAAAGAGUAACCGUGUUUCUAUGGAGUGGGGGAGAGAGGCCAUCGAGAUGCAGGAGAACGGUAGCACCAAGAACCUGCUACAAAUGACAGACAUCUACUACUCUCCUGCGUUACGUAACUCUGACCUAGAGCGUAACGGCCUCUACCCGUUCUCUGGCCUGCCAGGCUCCCGUCACUCCUGUAUCUAUCCCGCCCAAUGGAACCCUUCAUUCAUUAACGACGACUCACGACGUCGAGACUACUUCUGACGCCCAGCUACUCUGCCGCUUGUCCUGCCUAGCCAGCCAACCCCACCUCUGGCCCUGCCUAGCCAGCCAACUCCACCUCUGGCCCUGCCUAGCCAGCCAACUUCGCCUCUGGCCCUGCCUAGCCUGCCAACUCCACCUCUGGCCCUGCCUAGCCAGCCAACCCCACCUCUGGCCCUGCCUAGCCAGCCAACUCCACCUCUGGCCCUGCCUAGCCAGCCAACUCCGCCUCUGGCCCUGCCUAGCCUGCCAACUCCACCUCUGGCCCUGCCUAGCCAGCCAACUCCACCUGUGGCCCUGCCUAGCCAGCCAACUCCACCACUGCCAUAAGCCUAAUUUACACACCUUCUACUUCCCUUCAAAGUCCACACAAGGUCCGCAUCUCCUACUUGGCAAAGUGUCCUGCGGACGCAGAGAUUUGUCCGAACGGACAGGAGUGGACAUUCGAUUUUGAAUAAUUUCGUUUGAGUGGACCUAGCGGACAGCUCAGAAGUGGAAGGUGUAAAUUAGGCUUUAGCCUGGUCCCAGAUCUGUUUGUGCUCUUGCAUACUCCAUUGCUGUCCUUGUCAAGCCAAACAUGGCAAUGAGUGAUAAGGAGUUGGUAUGGUAGCAUAAACACACUGGCACGCAGGCUACCGCUGCCUGGUCUACAGCCAACCACAUCCAUGAUUAAGUGCACCAAAAACACUUCACACUGAUUUGAUCAGUGCACAUUUGAUCAUAUGAUUUGAUCGUAUGUCAAAAGCAAUAAUAAAAGCAAUCCAUAAAUUAUUAAAGUUACGGUGUAUACCAUGUAUUCAUAAUGUGUGGAUGCAUGUCUGUCUGUUCUGCAAAGUGUGUGUGUGUGUGUGUGUGUGUGUGUGUGUGUGUGUGUGUGUGUGUGUGUGUGUGUGUGUGUGUG